AUGAGUACUAACAACACAGCGAUCAAUGAUGUCUUAUCGUCUAUUCUCCAUGUGACGCCAUUAAUCAAUUUUUAUGCUGCAUUUCCCUUUCUGUUCUUCGGCACGAUUGGUAAUCUAUUCACAAUUAUUGUCUUCAGCCGGAAAGCAUUACGUAGCAAUCCGUGCGUUGUCUAUUUAUUAGCAACCGCAAUUCCGUGUACAUUGGCAUUAUACUUUGCUUAUAUAGUGAAAAUUAGUCAAAAUUUAGGUUUUGACUUGACAACAAUAUCGGCAUUUUGUAAAAUGCGCAUGUAUAUCAUUGAUCCGUCACAAUUUACUUCUUCUUGGUUUAUGGUGUUAGCUUGUAUUGACCGAUAUGCAUCGAGCAGUGAACAAGCUCGUAUACGAAAUUUCAGUCGAUUAUCGAUGGCUUAUCGUUUGAUAAUAAUUGUUACUUUAAUCGGAUGUUGCAUUUACACCUAUAUAUUUCAUUGUUACGAUUCUCAUGUACCUAAUUCGCCGAUUGUAUGUUAUAUCCGAACGGAUACAACAUUUCCUUGUUACAUAUUUGACAGUGUUAUAUUUUUUGCAUUGUUCAGUACAAUACCACCUGUUGGUAUGAUAAUUUUUGGUGGAUUAACAUUUUUCAAUAUUCGAAAAAUGCAUUCUCGUCAAAUUGAACCCUUACCAUCAAUGGUCACUACCGCUAAUCGAUCGAAGACACGGCAACAACUUGAUCUGAAAAUACUUCGAAUGUUAUUUGCACAAGUGCUCAUGUUAAUUUUUUCAACAAUGCCAUUAUCAAUGUAUAAAGUCUAUUCGACAGCCACAAUGUAUCUUAUAAAGAGUCAAAUGAGACGAGCCAUUGAAAAUCUUCUAUUUCAAAUUGUUCUCACAUUGAGUAAUCUCAAUAAUGUUACGAUAUUUUAUUUGUAUUUAUUGAGUGGACCCGUUUUCCGAAGAGAACUCAUGAAACUGUUUAAAUGA